ACUCGAGCGCUGGCCGGAAAGGCUGCCCCCGCGCAGCAAGCAAAGCCACCAUGCCCAUCGACUACAGCAAGUUCGACAAGAUCGGCGAGGACCCACCGCCGCCGGAGCUGCCGGAAGCCCAGAAGCAAGCUAUGAGGAAUCAGAUGAUGCAGCGCUGCUUGGAGACGGGCCAGUGUGUCGGGAGUCAUGGCGGGUGCUUUUCCUGUGGGUUACUGGUGCCCAAGUUAUUGGCUUGUGGAGGAUGCCACUACGCUAGAUAUUGCACGCGCACGUGUCAGCGGCGGCACUGGCCCGUGCACCGCGAGGACUGCUUACGUAGAAGGGCCCACAAGGUGGAAGCGACGGGGAAAUUUGUCGAUAUGAGGACGAAGACGGUCGACGUCGACACUACGUUCCGGAAGCUGUCGGUGCUGCCGCCCCGCGCCGCGAGUGUCGUCGGUUCUUGUUAUGGCUGUGGCAUCAUGCUGAAGAAGACUCUGGCAGACCCCGCGAAUUCCAAAGGCGAGGAUUUACUGGGAGUGUUCUGGGUGAGGAGGCCGUCGGGCCUGGCCCCGACCCGAAAACUCUCCUCUGUGAAAUUGCUGGAGCCUCAGGGUUUAGUAGGCGUCUGUCUGCAUUGCGCGCGGGCGUUCUCGGACGACGAGUCGAAGCAUGCGGCGCGGUGUCGCCGCUGGUUGGAUCUUGGCGAAUAUCUGUCUGAGGAGACACUGCUCAAACGAAGACAACGUGCACGCAUACGGUUGCACGCUCAACCAAAGUUGGAUAACUUAGGAUGCGCCGCGGGACUAUUGAGAGACAAUGGCCGAGCCGUGCCCUUCGCCGAAGCGCGACUGGAGGGAUGGGCCUUCCCGGGACUGGGAAUUAAACAGGGCUGGUCUCCGGGAGACGACGCGCGCCACUACGCCUUCGCCCGACUCUACUCGUGCGACCCGAGGUUCCGGGACGACUCCGAUUAUGUGGCGUUUCUCUCACAUAGAACAGCAGCUGCUGGCGACGCGGAGUUCAGGAAAUUUGUGCGAGAACAACUCCCCGCGCCCCUCCCGGCUCUAGCGCUAGAGGCAUCGCCGUUGCAGACGGCGACGUUCUGGAGUUUUGAGGACGGGGAUAAUGAAGAUGUUGAUUAA